UCGGUUUUUCAUCGCAAAAAUAAUUUGGUGCCGCUAGUAUUUUGUGAUGAGUUUUUCCGCUUAACAUUUUAAUGAAAGUUAAUAAUUGUAUAAGUUUUCAGAAUAAACAUACAUUCACAAAUCUUAAUAGAAUAAAAUCAAUUCAAUUUCGAUAAUUUGGGCAUCCGGGCAGUUAAGCUGUCGCACGGUGCCCACGCGGAAAAUUUAUUACAUUUCUUUUUUCAACUCUUGAAAUACGAGAACUAGUUUAAAGAAUGGCUGGUGGAAAUCAAGCGCGCGUCAUUCAAGUGACGAACAUUGCACCCCAAGCCACGAAAGAUCAAAUGCAAACAUUGUUUGGUAACAUUGGGAAAAUCGAAGAAAUCCGUCUAUACCCGACUGUGCGUGAUGUGUCUUGCCCCGUGCAAUCUCGCAUUUGCUAUGUUAAGUAUGCGGAAAGUAGCUGUGUUCCAGUGGCACAACAUCUAACUAACACUGUAUUUAUUGAUCGAGCACUAAUUGUCAUACCUGUGCUGGCAAUUCCUGAAGAAUAUCGCGCAUUGGAGAUGUCCAAAAAUGGUACAAUCGUACCGGGACUACAAAAGCCGGAUUCAAAGUUACCUCCAGAAGUGAUCAAUCGUAUUGAAGGCCAGUCCCCACAACAGGUUAUAAAAACUUAUGAUCCUAAACUGUUGGACAACAAUUUACCCGAAUAUCCAGCAUUGCCAUCGUUUUAUGACGCUAGAAAAAUUGAAGAAAUACGCAGAACGAUAAUCGUAUGUGAUGUGAAGAAUGAAUGGCGUCUUGACGAUUUAAUGGAAUGUUUUCAACGUGCGGGUGAAGUAAAAUACGCAAGAUGGGCGGAGAAAGAUGGUAAAACUUAUUGUAUGAUCGAAUUCUGCGAUCAACCAAGUAUUAUACAUGCUCUUAAAAUGCAAGGACACGAAUUCAAGGGAGGAUAUUUAAAUGUGUAUCAUUCAACUGAUUCCAUAACCAAGCCAGAAGCAAAAUCAAAUGAGGCAGCGCAGGCAGAAAUUGAAGAGGCAAUGACUAUUGUAAAAGAAGCUCAAAAUAUGAUUUCAGCUGCAAUUGAUCCCGUAAUUGGUAUGUUGGCUAAGGAUAAGCGUCGACGUUCCCGCUCACGUUCAAGAUCCCGUGAUCGUCGCACUAGUCGUUCGCGUUCACAUCGUUCACGCUCCAGACGUCGUUCUCGGUCUCGUACUCGUAAACGAUCCCGUAGCAAGUCCAAACGACGUUCUCGUUCGCAUUCUCGUGGUUCACGUUCACGCAAACGCUCCAGAUCACGAAAACGCUCUCGAUCCCGUCGUAAGAGUCGGUCUCGCUCACGUUCUAAAAGGAGGUCUAGGUCCCGCGACCGUCGUGCCAAACGUUCUCGUUCACGUCAUCGUCGUAGUACCUCGAGAUCACGUCGUUCCCGAUCCCGUACUAAACGUUCUCGCUCUCGUGAGCGCAAGCGUUCGCACCGUGCUCGUGAUGAGAAACGUUCUCGCUCUUCGCGGUCACGCAGUAAACGUCAUUCGCCAUCUCCAUCAACACGAUCACGUUCAAGUCGCAGCAAAGAUAUUGUUCCACCAACAAAAUCGUCUUCGUCUAAGCGACGUUCGCGUACUCCUGAUCGCAAAUUAAAACCUAUUUCAGAAGAUAUAGAAAUUAAAAGCACGCGAUCAAGUGUGGACUCCAAGUCUCGCAAAUCUGUUAGCGUGGAGAAAUCGGACAACAUGGAUAUAUCUAAUUCACCAUAACUAUCCUUUUAGUAUCAAAAUGGCACAUCAAGUGCUAAUUGAGCCCUUUUAGUAAUAGAAUGAACAUGUCACUCUUAAGUUAAAGUUUAAAUUUUCGACUUUCUGCAGUAUAGUAAUUUAUAUUUGAUGAAUAAUAAUUUAUACUCUAACAUAUUCUAUUAUACUAUUUUAUACAGAAUUCAAUAUUUUAAGAAUUUACUGUUUGAGAAAUAUAACUUUUAUGUUCCCCCGACAAAGCUAUUACAAUAAAGAACGCACUCUAUUGUCCACCA